AUCUUACACAGACCUAUGAUACAUAGUAAAUAUUAAUGUAUGAUCAAUUUAUGUAGGUACAAACAAGAGGCGAUACUUUCAUACUGGCCACCAUUCGAUACGUAAUAAAAACUAAACAAUCAUGGCCUUGCCACAUUCACCAAAAUUAUCAGAUUAAGUAGAAAAAUUGAUUCAAAAAUAAUAUUUUUGUCAUGAUAAAUCAUAUAAAUCAAGAGCACUAUUUUACACGAUUUUAUAAUAGCGUGCAAUAUUUUUUUUUAAAUCAACAGUAUGAAUGACUUCGCAAAUUUAGAAAAGACGAUAGUGCGUGAAUUGUCAUGUCGUUUGUGUUUGUGCAACGAUGUUGUGAAACUCAAGCCACUUAAUGCCGAAGUGAAACGGAAAAUUAAGAGAUUCUUCGAUAUUAUUAUCCGUACAGAUGAUAACCUCCCAAAAGCAAUAUGCCACGAUUGUCUACAACAAGUAAGCUUGAUUCAUCUUUAUACCAUUAAGGUCGAAAGAACACAGAAAUUCCUCGAUUUUCAUAAAAUGAAAAACAUUGAAGAAAAACGAGAUCAACAAACUAACGAUAACAAAAUGCAACCCGCAAUAACACAAUUGACGCACGACUUUAAAGAUACAAAUAAAAAAAUAAACAAUCUACCUAAAUCACCACCCACAGAAUUCCAGCAAGGUGACGCAAAACCAACGAAACAGAUAAUCCCAAAAAAUAAAUCUCCAUCGGAUAUGAAAUUCAUGGAAGCAAUGCCUCUAGAAGAAUUUGCAAAGACAGAGAGUGUAGACAAAUCUUUGCUAAACAGCACCUCAUCAGCCAAUAAGACACCCGUACAGAAUGUUAUCACAAAGGAAGCAAGUAAAAAAGGCACUAGUACAUCACAAUCAAGAGAUUUAGUGAACGACCCUUUGGAUCCUGUAGUUCUAAUAAACGGCAGACCCGCCAAACAGGGAGCCGCUCUUGAUAAACAAAUUACGCUAUUUUACAAAAUGGAAUGUUGUAUUUGCCACGAGAAGGGUUUUAAUUUUAGAUCAUUAAUGAAACAUUAUAAAGAUCGUCACGGUGUACCUGGCUACGUAACUUGUUGCGAGAAAAAAUUCCAUUACUUCUAUCCGAAGAAGAUUAUCGAGCACAUGGCGUUCCAUCUUCAACCAAACAUAUUCAUGUGUCCAAGUUGCCAUCAAAAUUUUCAAUCAUCACAAGAACUUAUUGACCAUCAGAGCAAUGGGGGACGAUCAGAUGGCAAGAUAAUCUGCCCACGGUGCUCGGAACGGUUUCCCACCUACCACGAACUUGGCUGGCAUGUUAUUACACACCGCACCGAUAAACAGCAGUGUGAUUAUUGUGGUAAAAUUUUGAAACAUCACCAUCGCAAAAAGACUGUGAAUCAAAUGGAAAAUGUCAUACUGUGUUCACAAUGUGUCCGAACAUUAAAAAAUAUUGAGAAACAAGAAAAAGACAUCAAAGAAAAAUUGAAAGUAAAGAACAACGACGCAAUUACAUUGCAAAAGUAUCAGAAAUUUAGGCAGGCUAUGGGACUAUCUGGCGAUGAGGAAUCAUCAACCGAUUGAUGCGUAAAAGAUAUAAAAAAAUAGUAACUUAAGCAAACAUUCGAUUAAAUUGGUUAA